AUGGAGUCUUUCGCAGGAGAUGGGGAGGGCAGCACUGAUGACUUUACAGGAGGUGAGACAGUGGAAAACUUGGAUGAUGUUUAGAAAGCAUGUAAAAGCUCAGUUAGUGUACGUGUGUAUCUAUCUCUGUAAUAAACAUCUAUUAGAGUGGGUUAGACUGAGUGUGUGUGUGUAGGAGUGUUAGUAGAGUGUAUCUAACUAGGCACAUGUUAGUGUGUGUUAGAGUGUGUCUGUAUCUGUUACGUAAUCUGUAUUGGAGUGGGCGAGUCAGAGUGUGUAUCUGCAUGAAUGUAGAGGGUGUGUCUGUAUCUGUAGCAGUAGAAGCAUGGAUGAGUAUCAAUAAGAAUACAUCUGUAUGCGUGCGUCAUGACCAAGGCCUGUGUCCUCCAGGUAAGAGGAAGUCCAAGCUGAAGACCCUGAAGAAACGUCUGUUUGGGAGGACCAAGAGAGAGACCAAACUCAGCCAGUCUACUAGUGAUGUCACUGACGCGGAGGGGCUGGGCUCAGCUGAGCAUCUGUAAGUGUGUGUGUGUAUAUUUACAAAUGUAUGAUUGAUUCCAUGACAUCCAUAUUCCCUCCUCUCAAUAUUCUCUACCAGGUGUUCAGGCGUGUUGGGAUCACGGGCGUUGUCACAUGACAGUAUUUUCUUGGCCGACCAGGAUCUGUCUAGUCCGGAGCAGGCCAGGGUUCUAUCCCAGGAGAUCGUCCAAGGCAGGAUCAAAGAACUCCAGGUGAGUCUUCAUUCCAUGGUGUACCCUGGAUCUAGAAACCUGCAUGUGCAUUUAAAGGCCCAACCCCCAUUCAAAAGGAGUCCCACACCUCAUGAACCCUCGUCCUUCUGUGUAAAUCAGGAAUUGAAGUCAAUGGGUUACCAAGCAGAUCUCAAGGUAGGUUUCUAUAUUAUUUCUGAUUGGCCAGAUGAAGCUCCAGCAGCAGAACAUGCGUCUAGACCCGUCCCCAAUGGUCCUGCCAAUCAAACGUCCUGAGGACCUGGGGGGCAGCUCAGAGGACGAUGGUCUGCCCCACAGCCCUCCCGAAAUCUCCAUGGGCGACAACAGACACCCCCGGGGGGCAUCUUACAAGGUGAGCCCAACUGCAUCCUCAGGUACUGUCUCCAUAGUCUCUCCAACCUCCACCCUCAAAAAACUUCUCCAUAAAAUCCUCCAUACCUCCAUUUUCUCUCAAUGAGUCGGUAUGUAACUGUAUGUUUACAUUCCAGCAGUGCCAAUAGUUGAACUUUGCAUUCCUCAUCAGCCAUUGUGUGUCACCCAAACCCUUCCCUAUUCCUCCACAGUUCCCUGCCCCUCCCAGGCACCAUAGCUCUCUGAGUUUAGCAGGAACAGGAAGUGAGGAGGAAGAGCAGGUAAUCCCGCUUCCUGUUUGCGGGUCAGUCACUAUAUCACUUGAUAUCAACUAUGAGUCGUCAUAGAUCAAAAUCUUUAUUCUGUGUUUUCUUUGUUCAUAGGCCUCCUCCCAACCCUUGUCCCGUCCCCUCUCUCCCAUGCCCAAACCUCCUCUUACCAGCUUCCUGCUCCCCACCCCAUCUGCCCCCCUCUCUGCCUUCUCCCCUGCCUCUCCUGCCUUGGACUUCAGCAUCCCAGCCCAGUUCACCCCCUCCCUGGAUAACUCUGCCGCCCGCCACCGUAUGUCCAUCAAGCCCAGGAACCAGAGGGCCAGCGCCAAGAACAAAAGGCUGACCAUGGUGAGUCCUGCCUGGGCAUACCAACUACACAUGGGGCCCUUGCCUCUGGAACUCACACAUAGAGGAAGGCUCUGGAAAGAUCAAAAUACCGGAUACACUAUUGCUCGAUGAUCUGUCUGUCUCUCUGUCUGUCUCUCUCUCUCUCUCUCUCUCUCCCCAGACUGAGUCGAGACCACGCUCAGAGAGUCUUAACAACUUUCACCGGCCCUUGACAGAGGAGGAAGACGACGGGCCUGCCAUUACUGGAGGGAAAACACGUUUACGUUCUCACUCUACCCAGAUCCUAAAGGCGGAGCAAGGGGGGUCGACCACCCCCACUGCACCCCCAGAGCUGACACCCCUUAAGUCUGGUCCCACAGAGGCUGAGGUGUGCCCAAAACCCUCUACCUCUACCCCAACCCUCCCCUGCAAGCCCUCUCCACAGGAGCAGCCCCAUCCUGCUCUGAGACCAGUGGAAACUGUACCAGGCAAACAGCCACAGUCCUCCUCUGUGACCACAGUCCAGGACCUGAGAUACACUCCACAACAGCAGACUCUGAAACAGUCCCUGGGAGACCCCAAGCCCUCAGCCCCGUCCCAAACCAAGAGGGAUGUCCUGAGCAAGAGUGGGGUGAAAGAUUCAACCCCCAGCACAGAGGGUAGCCCCAAAGAAAACCCAGUCCCGGCCACCCAGCCCGCAGCUAGCCUGGCCUCAGUGGUGGCUCUCAGAACAUCCUCUCUGAGGUGGAAGCCAGAGGCUGGGGCUGCUGGUCAGAGUACCACAGAGCCACCUGCUGGGCAGGAGGACCCAGGUCAGGCUGAGCCACUGUCCACUGGAGGAGCUCUGAGGCCAGUUUCCGGAUCCUUCCGCUUCUCCAUCAACUCUACCAGGGAGCGGGAGAGACCCAGGAAGGGAAGUGGUGGUUUCUUGGGAGUAGUGGAGCAGGCUGGGGCUGGGGCGAAGAGGGAGGGGAGGGAGAAGGGGAGAGAGGUGAAGUUGACCCCCUCAAACACCAGCCAGAGGGGGCAGGAGCAGCAGGGGGGCAGGCAAGAGGAGGCCAAGCCCAAAGAAGAGGAGUUGACUGCCAGCAAUAUGGGGGAGAAAGUCUCGGAAGGGGAGGAGAUGGAGGAGGAGAGCAGGGAGGGAGUGGAGGAGGCAGUGGAAGUGAAGGAGGAGGCACAGGAAGAGGAGGAAGAGGGGAAAUCAGCAUUUGGCGUGAAGCUUCGCUCCACCUAUCUCUCUCUGAGGGUCCGGGCGGAGGCAGCCACCAGCAAAUCAGAUCUCAAGAUUAAGCGCCAAAGUCAGGAGGUGGGUGCUCUCCCUCUAACCCCUUACACCCCUUCCUCAAAACCCACCGGGCUUGGGGGGCUACAGGACACUCCGUCAACCAACUCCAUGCCCAAAAAGCUCAAUACGAACACCUGGGAUGCCCCAACAACACUGUCUUCACCCAGGGGGAGAGCUGGCUCCCUCAGAGAAGCAGGUGAGACUCCCUCUCUGAAAAGGCAGAAUAUUCAGCCAAUUGGGUAAAUAAUGAACAUAAUAUACAGUAGGUCAUGCAUUUACUGGAUAGGGAUGUCAGUGCUGGACUUUGUCCCCAAGCUACUUAUACAGAAUAUAUCAUCUCUAUGUUAUCAGGGGCGUUAACCAAUGAAGGAGAUAUGCUACACUAGAAUAAAAAUGACAGGUUACACCAGAAUGAUAGACUUAUUCCUCUGAAGGAACUUUGUGCUUGUUGUAACACCAUGACAGUACUAUGUGUCAUCAUGUGAAUGUGUCUACCCCCUGUCUACAGCAACCUCAGCCCAGCCUACCCCCUCACCUCUCACUAAAGGGGCCCAAACCACCCCAGCUACCCCUAAGGAGGUCCAAACCACCCCUGUCCCAGCCAUGGAAGCCCACAUUACCUCCUCAGCCCCUCAGGACCCCCCGACUGGCCCCCAGGCGGUCCCCCAGGCUACCGUAUCCUGGAUGAGCAUGGCAUGGGGGAAGACCAGGGGCCUCCAGCAGCUCUUCACCAGCAGUCUGCCCAGAGAGUUCACUGGCAUGCAGUCCCCAACUCAACCGCAAUGUCAGACCACAACACAACCACAGACGUCGUCACUGGCUCAGAUCGUGACGCAAACUCAGAGACAGAAUGCAACACAACCACAGACACAGACAACAACGCCACCACAGGCUCAGACCGCAGCACAACCACAAUCACAGACCACAAUGCAACCCCUGACUGCUAAACUACUGCAGUCACAGAAUUCAGCACAACCACCACAGACAGCAGCACAAGCACCCACACAGACCACAAAACAACAGCAGACUGCCAAAACACCACAGACACAGAACGCAACACAACCACAGACAGUGACCCAACCAUCAACACAGAACACAAAACCAUCAACACACACGUCAAACCAAACCAACACUCAGGCAGCACAACCAACCACCGCCACUCAACCUCUAGCACAAUCUACCCUAUGUUCUGUGUCUCGGGUGACCGCACAGUCCAACCUACGAGCAACCCAGCACACCCUGCACUCCACUCCACAGCCCCAAGCCCAAGCCACACUACGGUCCGCCCCAAUGGGUGCCACUUCCACUCAGCCCCCAGCCCCGUCUUCCCUCUCUUCAAGCCCAAGCUCCACACCCAGCCAGCCCCCCUGGAGCGCACGAGGUCUCAACCCUACCCCUCAGCCCAAACCAGCCUUAGCCCCAACAACAACCCCAGCCCCAGUCCAAGCACUAGGGAGAGGUGAGAGGACCCCUGUUCUCCAAGGGAAGAGUGAGGAGGCGGCUGUGCCAACAGAGAAGAGGGUGGAGCGGGACAGGCCAGGGACUGUGGGAGGGAGGGCAGCCUUUCUGGAGAAACGGGCAGAGUGGACCCCUCCUGCUGGGAGCAAGGUAACUACACUUCUGAGAACAGAGGUGUCAAUCAAACAGAGUUUCAUUUCACUCUCACUCUCCUCCCCCACACAGGUGGAGCUCAGGAGAACGAGGACCCCACCUGAGUCUCAGCCCACAGCUGAAUCUGCUGCUCCUUCCAAAACGCCACCCACUCACAGAGACACUAAAGUUGCUCAACUUGAUGGGAGACCAGGUACAAAGAUGUUAAUUAAAUUGGAUGGGUUGGAAAAAUGACUGAAAUAUGUUAUAGUUAUAACAUUUUAUAAAUGUUAUUACGGUUGUGCAUGGUUAAGAUCCUAUUAAUUUAUAUGGUCAUAACGGUCUCUCUGUCUUCCUCUCUCAGAGUCAAGCCCAACCAAAGUGGCAGGUAGGCUUGCAGACAGAGAGGACAAAUGGCAGAGAAUGAACAUGGCAACGUCGGCGUCUCCUUCAUCAUCACCUUCAUCAUCAUCCCCCCUGCAGACCAACUCUGACAGCGGGGGGCAGCCAUCUUGGAUGGAACUGGCCAAGAGGAAGUCAAUGGCCUGGAAUGACAAGACCAUGGACUGA